UAAGCACCCUUACUAUGUGGUUGUUUCUUCAAUUGUUUUAAUCAGCCUUUAUCUUCCUUUCGGAUUCCGAGAUGACCAAAAUGAUUCAGAAGAUAUCCUCCUUUGCUGUGUCAUCAGCCACCUUCUGCAGUGUCCAUUUAGCUUUUCCUUGAAGUGUUUUGAACACUUCCCGGUUCCCACCAUAUUACCAAGAAGGAACAAAAAAUCUUCCAAUGCCUCCAACAUAUUUCCCUCUUCGCUGGGAAAGCACAGGGGACCAAUGGUGGUUCGCAUCGCCAAUAGACUUGGCUGCUGCUAACGGCCACUACGACUUGGUUCGCGAGCUUCUUCGAAUCGAUAGCAACCACCUCUUCAAGCUCACCUCGCUCCGCCGUAUCCGCCGCCUCGAACUAGUAUGGGACGACGACGGCGGAGACCAGUUCCAUCACGUCGCCAAGUGUCGCUCUUACGUAGCCCGGAAGCUUCACGAUGAGUGCGAAUCGAAGAAAGGAAAGAAGAAAAAUGAUUCUCUGAUCCGCUCCGGGUACGGCGGGUGGCUCAUGUACACUGCUGCAUCAGCAGGGGACUUGGAAUUCGUUCGGAAGCUUCUGGAGAGGAACCGUCUGCUGGCUUUUGGAGAAGGCGAGUAUGACGUCACUGAUGUGUUGUAUGCUGCUGCGAGGAGCAAGAAUAGUGAGGUUUUCCGGCUGCUGUUUGAUUUUGCGGUUACCGGAAAACAACGUGGGAAUCUGGAGGAGAAGAUGGUUCCGUCUGUUUAUAGGUGGGAGAUGACAAAUAGGGGUGUUCAUGCUGCUGCUAGAGGGGGUAAUUUAGUCAUUUUGGAGGACCUUCUUGCAAAUUCUUCUGAUGUUUUGGCUUAUAGAGAUGCUCAGGGAUCUACUGUCUUGCAUUCUGCUGCAGCUAGAGGCCAAGUAAUCAAAUAUCUCACAUCAUCAUCCUUUGAAAUUAUCAACUCCACAGACCAUCAAGGCAACACUGCAUUACAUGUGGCUUCAUACAGAGGCCAACUACCUUCAGUUGAAGCUCUAGUCUCUGCAUCUCCAUCAUUAAUCUCUCUUAGAAACAAUUCAGGAGAAACCUUUCUCCACAAGGCCGUGUCCGGUUUCCAGUCACAUGCGUUUCGAAAACUGGACCGACAGGUUGAGCUUCUAAGGGAGUUACUGAGAGGGAAGAAGUUUCACACAGAUGAAAUCAUCAACGUUAGGAACACUGAUGGAAGAACAGCUCUUCACCUUGCCACCAUUGGAAACAUUCGCAUUGAUCUUGUCCAACUCUUGAUGACAUCUCCAUCAAUCAAUGUCAAUGCCUGCGAUGUUAAUGGAAUGACUCCACUUGAUUACAUAAAGCAAAACCCGAAUUCCACAGCAUCGAAAGUACUAAUCCGAAAAUUGAUUGCAGCUGGGGGAAUGUUUGGUUUUAGAGGCUAUAAUUCAAGAAAAGCCAUAGCUUCACACUUGAAAAUGCAGCAGCAGGGGAAUGGAAGCAGCCCUGGUACUUCUUUCCGAAUCUCGGACACUCAAAUCUUUCUGUUUACAGGAAUUGAGAAUAAUGAAUGGGAUGCUAGUUCUGAUGAGGGAAGCGCGACGGCGAUGAGCGCUUUGCCUUCAUCAGAACACAUAGCAUACGACUCUGCAGCUUUAGAGCACAGAAGAUCAACCACUAGCAAGAGGCUGAGUUCCAUGAACUACGCUGCCGCUGCUCGGUUGAGAAGAGUCUUUCAUUGUCAUAAGGGGAAGAAGGACAAGAGAAAUGAAGGAUUCAAGAAAUCAUUUGACGACAAGGUUUCCAAAGAAAUCCCGAAACCACUUAGGCAUAAAUAUUUUAGGCCUUCAAUGGUUGUAAACAAUAAAAGGAACUUUUCUGUGAGGAGUUACCAGUCAAGUCCGAAUGCAAAGAAGAGAUUUGCUUCAGGAACUGCGCACGGCGAUGCGCAAUCCAUGCCACAUGUAAAGGUUUCAGGGAGGUCAAGGUCUAGUUCAUUUUCCAUGAUGUCAUCAUCAGUUUCUUCACCAAGAUCGAUGGAUAAGCAGAAGGAUAUUUGCAUUAUUGACAAUAAUGAUGGAGCUUCUUGCUCAAGUGAAAUGAACAACGAUGGUGAUGAAUCAGAAAUUUUGGGAAAGAGAGCUUCUUCAGUUAGUAGAAAAAUGAGGAGUCAUGGUUAUUUGUGUUUUGGUGAGCGGAGACUUCUUAAUGCGAGAACAACCUUGAAGCGUAAACAAGAAAGCAAGAGCGGGGUUUAGUAUAUAAGUGAUUAUUAUUUCUGGUGUAAUGAAAUUCAAGGAAAAGCUUUAGUAAUUAAAUGGCGGCUAAAAGUUGAAUAAUGCUUUUCAAUGAUAAGUUGUAGAAUAAUGCUUUUCUCUUCCUUUUUAUCAAA